AUGAAAAUUCAUGAAAAUGUUAACUUUUAUUUUACUAGAUAUUCAGUAACUAUACCCCCAGAUGGUGCAUUUGGUGCUGAACUGCCAAAUGGAACCUGGACAGGAAUGGUUGGCAUGAUACAAAACGAGCAAGCUGAUCUUGUGGUUUCGUCAUUAACAAUAAAUCCAGAGCGGGAGAAGGUUAUUGAUUUUACUUAUCCAUUUCUUUUUGACCACGUGACAGUAGUCUAUGCCAAGCCAAGGGAGCGCAAAUGGCGGACAUUAAUAAAACCGUUUGAGACAAAUGUAAUAGUUAUGAUUGGAGUGUCUCUUAUUGUUAUGUCAUUUGUAUAUUGUCUAGAAGAAAGAAGGAACCCCUUAUAUCAAACAGUAUCCAAAAGACAAUCGCCAAGCUUGUACCAUUCUUUCUUGUACAUGUAUGGAGCUCUGUUAUCGCAAGGUGGAGAACCGCUGCCGGCAUCUUUGGCUGGAAGGACUCUUGUUAGCUGUUGGUGGAUAUUCUGUAUUGUAUCAAUAGCUGUAUACAGUGGAAAUCUUACAGCAUCAUUAACAAUACACAAAACAAAACUUCCAUUUACAUCACUAGAGGAAAUGGUCAAUCAAAAUGAGUAUAAAUGGGGAACUCUAGGGAGUAGUGUUUUUCAGACAGUUUUCGAGGAAUCUACAGUUCCUACAUAUGCUGCCAUAUGGAAUGGCAUAGUAGAAUUUAACAAAAGCGAUCCUAGUGUUUUGUCUAAGUCAGGCGAAGAACAUUUGCAAAAAUUGUACAACGGAAACUAUGCCUUUAUCAUGGCUAAGCAGUAUAUCGACUUCGAAACAACAGGUCAUUGUAAUCUUGUACUUUUAAACGAACAUCUGGCUCGCAACGAAGUUGCUUUUGCUUUGGCGAACAAUUCCCCAUGUGUCAGAAUAUUGUCUAAUGCGAUUCUCUCACUACAUGAAUAUGGGUUAAUAGAUAAAUGGAAAGAUUACAGAUGGCCUCAGACGUUUUGUAAUGAUCAGAAAAGAAUUGUUGUAAACAAUAUAUCAGUAGAAGAUAUACAGAGCGCCUUUUAUUUGAUAGGGAUUGGCGUUUGUCUUUCUUGUAUAUCUCUUUUAUGUGAAAAAAUUAUGCAUCUAAAAUCAAGAUAACAAACCAACAAACCAAAAGACAUACAUUAUUUUGUACAUUU